GUAAAAUCGUGCCUCAUCGCGCGCGUUUGACACUGGUGAAUGUGAUUAACUGUGCCUCCUGUGUUGGUUGUUGGGUUGGUUCUGGCCGCACCCUGCACCGUGGACUGUAGUUUGUGUGGCAUAAUUCGGGAUAGGUGGCAUCAAGCAACGAGCAGCGCCAGUGCAUACGGGUUGGUGGUGUAUGAUGCAGUACAGUUAAUUUGAAGUGGUGCUCGGUGUAGUGUGUGAAAUGUGUGCAAUUUUGUGAAGAUGAAUGUAGGUUCAAUCAUUUUUUGCCAAACGCCAAACAGUACGUUCCAAAUUCAGUGGUGGUAAUGUGAGCUUUGCCGUGAUAGUGAACCGAGAAUGCAGACCGCCAAAGAACAAGACAUCAGGGCGGCAAGAACGGGUGCCGUACAGGAUGUCCAAAGUGAGAUGCAAGCGAAGAAGAAAGGUUUGCGUAAAAUUAGUGCUCCUCCUUGGCUGAAGCCGGGCCGGCUAAUGGGGGUGAAAUCGGCGAAAGUGCAUAAGGCUGGAUCUGUGCCGUGCUGUGGUGUGGAUGUGGCCGGUGAUGUUCCGGUCAGUCUGGAGGAGCGUCAGUAUGAAGAUAAAUCAGUGCAGUGCGAUGACCUGCUGCCGGACAGUGGGCAUCAUCGAUACGGUUUCCAUCGCAACAGCUUCGACCAUUGUUCCAGCUGUUGUCAUCCAACGAAUCCCAUCUACCAGACCAACGUAAUCGUUAAUCAAAUACCCUUCAUGGAAGACGAGCCGGACGAUGUGUCCAUGUCGACGUUUCGCCGCACUCAUCAUCCCAUACGCCAGCGGCGCCAUUCGCGCGUCGGCACGGCUCCCCUACCCUCGCAGGCGUUGUUUAGAAAGAACAAUCUCUUUGCAACGUCGGAGCUACAAAAUGGACCCAGUGCCGAUGCUGCCUUUCGUCAUAGUUCGUACAUCGUAAGCCACAGCGACUCACAAGACUGCAGCCCGUCACUGUCCCAAUCGGAAGUGUCGAUUCCGAACGCGAUCGAGUACGAUCCCGGUUCGGUAGAACGCACCAAACCAAGAGUACCUCAGCGACGAAGAACAGGCGCAUACGGCAAUGUAACCCUCAACUUGCAGAUUGCAAACGGGAUCAAUACGGCCAUUUUGGAGGGAGAUGAAAACCGGGUGCGGCCCGUGGUACCGAAGCGAAGGCAUGGCGUUGCCACCGAGAGAGCCACAUUGCGGGAGUCCUGUCAGGAAUCGGUAGCCGCACAGUCAUCCUGCCUCGUGCUGGGCAUCAACAGUGAUGCGCGCAAUCCACUCAACUACAAAAUGUACACGCCAUUCUACAACAAACGCCAAACGAUGCCACCGGAACACUUCAAGAACUGGCCGUCCGAGUCACCGGGGUACGGUGACGAGAGUGAGCAAAGCUAUAGAACGCUCAGCUACUACUCCGAGGUAGCGAACCAGCUGGAGCAGUACGAGCGGCGCAGCUUCGACACCGGCAGCUCCACCAUGCUGAACGCCAUCGACUCUAGCUCGAUCAUGUACCGGAGCAGCCUGGACCACUUGCCGCUAGUGGACGAACAUUCGCCGUCUGAAAAUCGCAAACAAUCGAGGACGCGCAGGAACGGGACUACGGAUCGAGUUGUACCGACGAGCGAAGUCGCGAAAAUCCCUGUGUCUGGGCUGCACUCCAGGCGGCAGCAGCAGAUCAAACUAGGCGCAGAGCAGCGUGCCGAAAAUAACUUAAGCGAUCAAAAACCGGCACAGACGCAGUCGAAUUCAUUAGCCCCUCCGACGAGCACUUUUGGGCGGUGGAGCGGAAGCAUACAUAAUCUGUUCAGCAUUGGCAAUCGAGCGUCCAACGGGGCCGGUCGGUGGAGCAAAAGUGAAAACUGCCUAAACGAGGUCGGCCAACAGUCGGCACGGCUACGGAACGGAUCGUCCAAACCGCCCGACAGUCGGUUGCUUUGGUCGGACAGGCUAUUCGGACGGGCUGGAAAGAACGGACGGGCCCGGCGGACCAACACCUUUCUGACGAGUGGCGGUGGCAGUUUCUUCACGUACAAGUACGACGACGAGGAGGAGAGCGCCUGGCAGAAGUACUUUAGCCUGGGGAUGCUGCGCAAAAUACGCUCCAAGCAGGGGAAGCCUACCAAAGGCAAGGAUGGCAGCAUUCAAGAUCUCGAUGGUAGUUUUUUCGAGAAGUUUGGCUCGAUCCUGCGCCAAAAGUCGAUCCAAAACGAUGAAAGCGUUCGCGCCCGGCUGGAACCGUUUCCGGACGAGAACGAGGCGGAAGCCGAAUCGGGCGCCGACCCAACGACGCUGCCACCGGUCGCGGAAGCGGAAGACAGCGGCACCGAAACGCUGCUGGACGAAAGCGACUCCGAAGACCAGCAGGAAAAGCAGGCAGAAUUUAUCGAGGAUGUGUUCGGGUGGAAUAUCGAGGAGCUGUACGAGGAGAUCCUGUUCGAGAACAUCCACAACAUCGGUUGCGACGAUGAGGAGCUUAACGUGGACGUCCUUUUUCCCUACAUACAGGAAGCGUUCAAGAUGUCGGACGAGAAGCACAACGAGAUACUGCAGAUAGCGCGCGACAAGGAAGCGCCCCAGCUGCGGCUGAACGUCGAGAUCGUCGAGGCGAAGGAUCUGGAGCCGAAAGAUUCGAACGGUCUGUCCGACCCGUUCGUCACGAUGUACAUCGCGUCCAAUCCGAACCAUCGCUACAACACCUCGGUAAAGGCGGGCACGCUCAACCCGGUGUGGGAGGAACACUUCUCGCUGCCAAUUGCUGAGGACGCAAACGAUGCCAAUCUGAUCGUGGAGGUGUGGGACUUUGAUCCCGCCGAAACGGUGAAGGAGAAAAUGAACAAACUGUUCGAAGUGAAGGGCGUGCGUGGACUGCGCAAGCUGAUGAAGGAGAUUGCGCAGACCGCAUCGACUGGCAAGCACGACAAUGAACUGAUCGGUCGUACCAGCAUCCCGUUGAAGUCAAUUCCAGCCUCGGGCAUGCUGAUGUGGUACAAUCUGGACAAGAAGAACAAGCUGCGCCGCCAGGGCACGAUCCGGAUAAGACUGAACUUUAGCUCGGAGAAAAACAGCCAGGUGGCGGCCCAGGAGCAUCGCCAUCUGUUGCGCAUUCUGCUGCUGCACGAGCUGGAAUCGUCCAAGGUCACGCCGUACUGGUGGUCGGGCAAGUUCACGAUCCAGGGCGAGGCGGUGCUGACGCAACACUCCGCCCAGAGUGGGCUCUCCUCCACCACGGAAGCCUUCAUCCAGUGGUCCGUCUUUGCGGCGAUCCACCAGGACCAUCCGCUGUCGUUCGUGCUGUUCGACACGCUGCUGGAGAAGCUGGUCCGCCCGAUACAGACGCUGGCCGUGUCGGAGGAGGAGCAGAAGAGCUUCUGGGAGGCGACGAAGAAGCUGCUACCGUCCUGCUUUUCCGCCGUCCGGAAGCUGCGCAAGAAGAAUACGGGCGACAAGCUGCUGCUGAAAACGCUGAACAGUGUGCUGCACAUUAUUGCGAAGGUAGCGCUGCUGGAGCCGCCCGAAGGGACGGAUCUGUUCCCGGUGCAGAUGUACGGAUGGAUCCGGCGGUCGAACGAAACCGAACCGAACUGGGACAUUCGCGAGGCGCUGGCCAGUGCGGUCGUGUCCGGGGCGGAGGAUUGGUUUGGCGGCAUCAAGGAAGGGCACUUCCUGCAGACCGGCACCGACGAGGAUCGGCUGCAGAAUUUAAUCAAAAUCAUUCAGCUUGUCCGGUCGGACAUACAGAAGUCCAUCGAAUACUACGACAAAACAUUUCAAGAAAUUAUGCAUUUCCCAUACACCAAGGAGCUGUACAUUACGUACGAGUUGAAGCUGGCGGAGCUGAUCAAACCGACGGUGGAGGAUAUCUGCCGCAAGCUGAAGCGCAUCGACCUGCCCGAGACGUCAUCGCACCGGGGCGGUGACAGUGGGUUCAUCGAGUACGAGGACAUCAACAUGGGCACGACGCUGUUCGAGCUGUACCUGGUGCUGAAGCGCUUCUGCACGCUCGGCACGGCACUCAGCCCGGGCGAGAGUAACUUCGCGAUCGACGAGUACCAUCGCUGGUUCACGACCGGCGUCACCCACUGGCUGGACAUUGCGGUGUACAAGGCGCUGAUGCGCAUCCAUAAGGCGAUCGAGCUGGACAAGCUGCAGCCGGUGGACGAGACGGUGAAAUACUCCUCCUCGGCCGUCGAUACGCUGGCGAUCUUCUAUCAGAUCAAAAUCUUCUGGCAGCAGCUCGCCUGGCCCGACGUGGAGGGAGCGUACAUAUUUGUGGCGAAAAUUGUGGAUGACAUCUGUCGCUGCUGUGUGUUUUACGCCGAUCGGAUGUCGGCGCGCGUUGAAAAUCUCGGCGUGGUGGAGAACGUGUACGAGAAAAAGUUUGAAGUCACGAGUGAGUGGUGCCUCGCCAUCAACAACAUCGACUACAUCCGACAGAGUCUGAAGCCGUUUGCGACGGAGCUGGGCGUAGAUGACAUACUGGCUAAGUUGGGCGAUGUGCAGAGCAGCAUCGAGGCGGAUCGCUGCAAGGAAACGCUCCGAGCCGUGCUGGACAACGCGAUCGAUACGGAAAAGAACAAGAUUCUCGAUCUCGUGGAGAAACUGGCGCGCAAGAUGGCUCCGGCAAUGCGCCGCUUCCUCGUGGAGGGUGCGGAACUGCUGCAGCAAGACUCGAACUCGCUCGAUCGGCUGAUGAUGUACAUGGAGGAAUCGCUGAGCGUGCUGAACGCGGAGCUGAAUGAGAUCAACUUCGAGCGCGUACUGGACGCAAUCUGGGCAGAGCUGACGACGAUCCUGUACGACCUGAUCCAGAGUAACUUGGAUAAACGACGGCCCCCUUCCUUCUUUGCCAACCUGCGCGACACGCUUCACCUGAUGGUGGCUAACUUCAAGACGGCGGAAAACCGAGAGUCCGAAACGGCCGCCGACAAGGAGACGCUCGCGCACAUCGAGCGUCUGCUGCAGCUGCACGGGUACGAAACGACCGAUCUCAUCCAUCAGUAUUACUUAGAUAGGCUAGAGGAGCAGAACCAGAGCGAUGCGUCGGCCACCGGCUACGGUAUGCUUACGGUUCAGUGCUUCUUCAAGGAGAACGUCCUCGAGCUGGAGAUUGUGAACGCGCGCAAUCUGAAGCCGAUGGACGGCAACGGGUCCUGCGAUCCGUUCGUGCGCGUCCACUUCCUGCCCGAGGAGCGGUUCGUCGGCGUGGCCAAGCCGAAAACGCAGUGCCAGAGCAAAACGCUGUUUCCACUGUACGAUGAGAAGUUUGUGAUAACCUUUACUCCCGAGCAGCGCGCCAUUCCGAACGCACUGAUCAUGUUCAGCAUCAAGGAUAAGGAUCUGUUCGGCAUGUCCAACCAAUAUCUGGCCGAGUGUUAUCUAAGCUUUAAUGACAUAGCGGACAUAUCGGGCGAUGCGGGGAAAAUCGAACAGAAGCAUCUGGUCCUAACGCGACCACAAAAGAUGGAUAUCGACUGCCUGCGAGCGCUUGAAUUUCGGCAGGGUGAUAAACAGGCCAAAGAGUUUAUCAAGAAGCUAAAGCAGAAGAUGGGCCAGUAAAGAAGCAUUUGGUCCGGGAGCUCGAAGAUUGCAGAACGGCCUACGCAGAAACGAAGGCAGGCUGUAACACGUAUUUAUAAUUGUUGACGUAAUAGUUUCGAAAUGAUGAAGAACAAAGAAAAUAUAACUGUGGUAGUGUUCUGUUGGAACCGCUAUUUUA